AUGGACACUGUUCAGUCACUGAGGGAGGGCGUGCUGCAGGUGGAGAAGUUUGCGAACUUGGAGGAUGUGAGGUCUCGCGCUGAUCGACAUGGCUCCAAGCUAAAUGGAGUGAAGGAAAGCAUGAUGAGUUUGGUGCACUCCGUGCAAUCCGAGAUUAAAGAGAGAGUGGAUGCGAAUAAGGCACUCAACGCAAUGUUUGAGUCACAGGUUCAGGCCAUUCAGGAUCGGCUCGAAUUUGUCUUCAUGAAAAAGCUUGACCGCUUAGAUCAUAGUGUUGCAGCGAUCAGCCAAAGAAUGUCGGUCGUUGAGCGUGACUUUGCCCUCACUCGAGAGAAGCACAUGCAGGACAUGCUGAGACGAAACCAGCACUUGGCACAGGACGCUGAGAAGUUCAUGUCAGCCCUAAGAAGCGAGAGAGCUGAUCGGCAGCAUCGCGCAGAUGGUUUUGCACGACAGCUUUCGGACUACGAGGCCAAAACCCGCACAUUUAUAUCAUCUCAAAUGCAGAUGAGAGAGCAACAGACUCGGAGGAAAAGAGCCUCGAAGAGGACCUGCCCUUUCUCUACAUUGAUUGUCAAGGAGGAUUUGCAAAUGUUGAGGACUCCGUGA